GUCAUCUCCGGGCGCCGGGGUGACUGGACUUGGGGUGGGCUUCUAGGGUUCCACUGCGCUGCGGGUUGUAUUGGCUGGAUAACGGAGGGCGGAAGUGCAGCAGGGCUCGGCUCCGACCACCGCGCCGGUGCCUUCUGCGGCUGCGCGGGCUCUGGGGACUCCUGGCUCGCGCGCCUCUGCGGGACUGUGUGUCAGGCAAACACCCUGCGCCGACGCCUCGCCAGAGCCCGGGACUGUAUCUUCUUUCCCGGUGCUGGAAGCCGGAGGAGGAGCCGGCGCUUCUGUUGUUUAACAAGAAUUCCAGAACCUGCUAUGUACUAAUUAUGCUAAUAUUGUGGAUACAGAGUUUGGCUUUGGUUGAAAAAAGAAUUUAGCCUAUAUGUACGGCUUUAACCAUUGGAAGAAUGACAGAUGACAAAGAUGUGCUUCGAGAUGUGUGGUUUGGACGAAUUCCAACUUGCUUCACCCUGUAUCAGGAUGAGAUAACUGAACGGGAAGCGGAACCAUAUUAUUUGCUUUUGCCAAGAGUAAGUUAUUUGACGUUGGUAACUGACAAAGUGAAAAAGCACUUUCAGAAGGUUAUGAGACAAGAAGACAUUAGUGAGAUAUGGUUUGAAUACGAAGGCACACCACUGAAAUGGCAUUAUCCAAUUGGUUUGCUAUUUGAUCUUCUUGCAUCAAGUUCAGCUCUUCCUUGGAACAUCACAGUACAUUUUAAGGGUUUUCCAGAAAAGGACCUUCUGCACUGUCCAUCUAAGGAUGCAAUUGAAGCUCAUUUUAUGUCUUGUGUGAAAGAAGCUGAUGCUUUAAAGCACAAAAGUCAAAUAAUCAAUGAAAUGCAGAAAAAAGAUCACAAGCAGCUCUGGAUGGGAUUACAUAACGACAGAUUUGACCAGUUUUGGGCCAUCAAUCGGAAACUCAUGGAAUAUCCUGCAGAAGAAAAUGGAUUUCGUUACAUCCCUUUUAGAAUAUAUCAGACAACGACUGAACGGCCUUUCAUUCAGAAGCUUUUUCGUCCUGUGUCUACAGAUGGACAAUUGCAUACACUAGGAGAUCUCCUCAAAGAAGUUUGUCCUUCUGCAGUUGCUCCUGAAGAUGGGGAAAAAAAGAAUCAAGUGAUGAUUCAUGGAAUUGAGCCAAUGUUGGAAACACCUCUGCAGUGGCUGAGUGAACAUCUGAGCUACCCGGAUAAUUUUCUUCAUAUUAGUAUCAUCCCACAACCAACAGAUUGAAGGAUCAACCAUUUGCUUGAAUGGAAUCACCCUUAAACAGGAUUUACCAGAGCAUGUCACCCUUCUGCUUCCGUCAGGUUUGGUGGAGGUAACCUGACCAGAAACACUGCUGCAAGCCAAACAGGAAAAAGAUUCCAUGUCUGAUAAGGCACUCGGGCUGGUCUUACUUUGCAUCACCACUGCUUUCCUCCACUGCCGUCAUUAAACCUCAUCUGCAACAUGAAAGACUUGACAGGACCACUGCAAGUCUUCUGUUUUCUUGUAAAAUAUAACGAAGCUGAAACCUUUGGCCUAAGAAGAAAAUGGAAAUAUGUGCCACUCAAUUUGUAUUUCUGAUUAACAAAUAAACAGGGGUAUUUCCUAAGGUGACCAUGGUUGAACUUUAGCUUGAAGGAAUGGAAACAUUGGUUUAAUUUUCAAGAGAAUUAGACUUAAGAAAGUAAAAGAGAAAUUCUGUUAUCAAUAACUUGCAGUAAUUUUUUGUAAAAGAUCAAAUUACAGUAAACCCAUCUUUCCUUAAUGAAAAUUUCCUAUGUUUACAGUCUGUCUGUUGGUAUGCAAACAAUCUUGUAACUUUGAUAAUGAACAGUGAGAGAUUUUUAAAUAAAGCUUCAGAAUAUGUUUUGUCAUUUAAUAACA